AUGGGUAAUUUCUCCCAGGACAAUUGGAGAUGGGAUUUGCAGUGGAGGAGAAAUCUUUUUGAUCAUGAACAUGACUUGGCUGUGAGCUUUAUGGAAAACAUUACAUCUAUAUGUAUUCAGAGAAAUGUGAAGGACAUUAUGAUGUGGAAAGCUGAACCUAACGGUGUGUACUCCACCAAGUCAGCUUAUAGCCUAAUGCUGAAGCUAAAUGAUUCCGGUUCACAAGACAGGUUUUCUAAACUAAUUUGGAAUCUGAAUAUACCCCCAAGGGCAGCAGUUUUCAUUUGGAGACUUCUUAAAGACAGGCUCCCCACCAAAGGGAAUCUGUUAAGGAGACAUGUGGAUAUUCAAGAUGCUGGUUGCCCACUCUGUGGCCAAGGGCAGGAGGAAGUGGGAAAUUUCCACAGAAUCAUCAGUGUCAAGAUUGCAGUUCUUCAGCACUUUAAAGAAAGAUUCUCAGAACAUAAUCCUUGCAGACCAACCUUGGAAGGGAUCCAGUUCUCUUCCCUUGAUCAAAGGCAGAAGGAAAGCCUUGUUGAUAGAUUCACUGAGCUGGAAAUCAAGUCUGCAGUUUGGGCUUGCGGGGGAGAUAAAAGUCCUGGCCUGGAUGGUUUGAAUUUCAAUUUCAUCAAACAGUUUUGGGAAACUCUAAAACCUGAUUUUAUCAUAUUCUUUGAUGAAUUCUUCAUUAAUGGCAGAUUCCCCAAAGGAAGUAAUGCAUCCUUCAUAGCCCUCAUCCCCAAAACCAAUAGCCCACAAUCUCUUAAUGACUAUAGACCCAUCUCUCUCAUAGGGCGUGUCUACAAAAUAAUGUCCAAAGUCCUGGCUAAUAGGCUGGCUCUUGUGCUGCCUCACUUAAUUGAUGAAAGGCAAAUUGCUUUCCUCAAAGGCAGACAUAUCUUCCAUGGUGUAAUGAUAGCUAAUGAGGUCUUAGCUGAAGCUAAAUUCAAAAAUAACCCCUGCAUGGUUUUCAAACUUGACUUUGAAAAAGCUUAUGACUCAGUUUCUUGGGGAUUCCUAAACUAUAUGAUGAUGAGGAUGGGAUUUUGUGAAAGAUGGGGAAAAUGGAUCCAUGGAUGCCUUUCUAGUGCAACUAUAUCAAUUUUGAUCAAUGGCAGCACUACUAGAGAAUUUGUGCCUGAGAGGGGACUGAGGCAAGGAGAUCCCCUUGCACCUUUCCUAUUUAAUAUAGCAGCUGAGGGACUCACUGGUUUGAUGAGGACAACUGUCUCCAAAAACCUUUUCAGCAGCUAUAAAGUGGGGAGGCAAAAGGAGGAGAUUAACAUCUUGCAGUAUGCAGAUGAUACACUGUUUUUUGGAACUGCAACUACAGCUAAUGUUAGAGUCAUGAAAUCUAUCCUCAGAAUUUUCGAGUUGGUUUCAGGACUCAAGAUUAACUAUGCUAAAAGCCAAUUUGGGUGCUUGGGUAAAUCUUUGGACUGGUGCAGGGAAGUAGCUAGCUACCUUAAUUGUGGCCAGCUGGAAUUUCCAUUUUCUUACCUUGGAAUUCCAGUAGGGUCCACCUCUAAAAGCUGGGAUGUUUGGCAGCCUCUCAUCAGCAAGGCCCCUAUAGCAGUGAUCAAGAGGCUAACAGAAAUCCAAAGGAAAUUUCUUUGGGGUGGCAGCUGUGAUGGGAAAAAGAUAGCAUGGAUACCUUGGAGCAAAGUCUGUGCCCCUACAGCUAAGGGAGGCCUGGGAAUUACAGAUAUUAAGGCACUCAAUUAUGCUUUGCUAAUUAAAUGGAAGUGGCUGAUGUUCCACCAAUCAGACCAGCUCUGGAGUAAGAUCCUAUUUUCUAAGUAUAAGGGUUGGAGAGGUUUGGAUCAGCGACCAUCAAAGAAAUAUUUCUCUCAAUGGUGGUCUGAUUUAAAGAGUGUCAAUCAGCACCCGGUCAUGGUGGAUGUUUCCAAGCAGCUCUCUUGGAAGGUGGGUAGGGGAGACCAAGCUCUUUUUUGGGAAGACCCUUGGGCUGAUGGUGGGGUACCGUUUAAAGAACGAUUCUUAAAAUUAUACCAAAUCUCUUCCCAAAGAUUGCAUUCUGUUGAAGACAUGGGGUACUUUUCCAAGCAUGGGUGGGAAUGGAAUUUCUCUUGGAGACGCAAUCUAUUUGAUAGCGAGAUGGGGGUAGCAUCAACUUUCUUAGAGACUAUUGCUGCUAUCAGAAUUUGUGGUACCCUGAAAGAUACCUGGCUGUGGGGAGCUGAACCUAAUGGCAUCUUCUCUACUAAAUCAGCCUACAACCUCAUUAAAGCAGAGCAGAUUUUAGAAGAUCAAGAUUCGGGUUUUCACCAGCUUUGGGAUCUUAAAGUCCCCCCUAAGGUUCUGUCUUUUGCUUGGAGGCUUCUCUGGGAUAGACUCCCUACUAAGGAUAAUCUUUCUAGGAGACAAAUCCAGCUUGACAAUGACCUAUGCCCUCUAUGUCAAACUCAACCCGAAACUGCAUCCCAUCUAUUCUUCACUUGCAAUAAAGUGCUGCCACUGUGGUGGGAAUUCUUCACUUGGGUUAAGGAAGGCACAGUUCUACAUAAUAGUCCCAUGGCUAAUUUUCUUCACACCUCAACUACAACUGGAGGAAAGAAUAUUACUAGAAGAAGGAAGACUUGGUGGUUGGCUGCUACAAAGUCAAUCUGGCAAUCCAGAAAUGACUUGGUGUUUCACAAUCAGGCGUUUGAUAUUCAUAAGUUGAUAGAUAAUUCUAUUUUCCUCACUUGGACUUGGCUCAAGGGGUGGGAAAAGAAUUUCUGUGCUCCUUUUCACCACUGGUCCUCAGCAAUGUCCUUAGUUUUUGUUUAA